AUGUUGCUGCAAUCUCUCUUGGUAGCUACUUCCAUCUCUGCUGCUUUCGCCAUCAGUAUCAAUCGUCGGGCCGCGAUCACCGACUUCGAUACCAGCCCUAUCAACUUUAGCUUCCCUCCUGGUCGUACCUUCAAUGCCACCACGGCGACCACUGCACCAUGUGGAGGGUCUCCAGCAGGAGUCAGAGCGGACUAUCCUCUGACGGGUGGUGAUAUCUCGUUGACUUCAAAGACACUUCUCGACACUGUGAACAUCUUGUGGACCAACGAAACGGAUCCAACCCGAUUCCAUGCGUUCUCCACGUACACCAACACUAUCUCAGAGCUGGGUAGUGGUCACUACUGUCAACCAGCACCGGAUUUUGCCUCAUUUGGCUUGAAAGCUGGUGACGAUGUCACCCUGAUGAUCAUGUACAACCUCGAGGGAGUAUCCGACAAUUACUACUACUGCGCCGAUAUCAAUCUGGUCUCCGCUGAAGGCUUCACUCCUUCCGAGCAAUACAUGUGUAGCAAUCUCACUUCAUCUCUGCAAGUGGCCAGCGCAGAAGAUUCGAUGCAGGUCGGUACCACUUCCGCAACCACGUCAUCCGGCUCCACCAGCGACAACGCUAGUGAAUCCUCAACACCCGGGGCGACAGAGGCUGUCUCGCAAAACUCUGGCUUAUCUGCCGCCGCUGGAGGAGGUAUCGGCGCCGCCGUGACGAUGGUCGUAAUCGCAGCUCUCGCCGCGGCUGCAUAUGUGUGGGGAUAUGUCAGAUUCGGGAAGAAGAGACCAGUUGUACUGGCAGAUCACGCUUCUGAUUCGACAGGUGUUCCUGUCAAAGCGGCGCAAUUCUGA